UUGUCUGCGCGCCUGCGCAUACCUCUGAUUGUAGGAGAGAAUGGGCCCUGCGUGUGGCCGAGCGUGCGUGGGCGCAUGCGCAUGGGUGUCUGUGUGCCCUGUUCCGAGUAGUCUGUGGCUGGGGCGUGUCCGUGCGUGCGCGUGCCUAUCUGUGCGCCGCAGGCCAGGUCUGGACCCAGCAGGAGGAGGCCUGAGGCUCUGUCAUGGACACUGACCCAGUCUGGAGGCCCAGGGUGUGCUCUGAACGGACCCCUACACCUGUGCUGGGUGAGGAGGAGGGGCUUUUCCCUCUCAAAGGCUAGUGCCCCACUCGUGUGGGUGAGCAUUCGGUCGGCUUAGGUUGCUGUGUGACAUGAGGCAAGCGACUUCGCCUCUCUAGCCCUCAAUUUUCUUGCCUAUAAAGUGGGGUUGAUAACGUCGUUUGCUUCUUAGGGUUGUUAUGAGGAUUGACAAGCCCGAUGGCACCCAGGCGGCGCCCAUACUCUGGGGCCAGAGGUUGGGGUUUGGGGGCGUCGCCGUCCCGCCUCCGGCCCAGCCCCCCGCCCGCUUCCUCCUCCUAGGGGCUGGCGGGCGGGUGAUGUCCGGCCCCCCCCCCCCCGCGCCCGGCGCCCGGCGGGCAGCCGCCUGCCGCCGCGCCAUGUCCGCCGGCUGGUUCCGGCGCCGCUUCCUGCCGGGCGGUCUGCUCCCCGCGCCGGGGACGCCCAGGCCGCGCGCUAGCCCGGUGCCCUACCGGCGGCCCCGCUUCCUACGCGGCUCCGGCUCGGGCCCGGGCACUGCCGACGCCUCCCGCCGCCCAGACGCCCGGCCCGUGCGCAGCCCAGCGCGGGGCCGCUCGCUGCCGUGGAACGCAGGCUACGCCGAGAUCAUCAAUGCAGAGAAAUCUGAGUUCAACGAGGAUCAGGCCGCCUGUGGGAAGCUGUGCAUCCGACGAUGUGAGUUUGGGGCUGAAGAGGACCAAGAGUGGGUGACCUUGUGCCCAGAGGAGUUCCUGAUGGGUCAUUACUGGGCACUGUUUGAUGGGCACGGCGGUCCAGCUGCAGCCAUCUUGGCUGCCAACACCCUGCACUCCUGCCUGCGCCGGCAGCUGGAGGCCGUGGUAGAGGGCAUGGUGGCCACUCAGCCUCCCAUGCACCUCAGCGGCCGCUGCAUCUGCCCCAGUGACCCCCAAUUUGUGGAGGAAAAGGGCAUUAGGGCAGAAGACUUGGUGAUCGGGGCUCUGGAGAGUGCCUUCCAGGAAUGUGAUGAGGUGAUCGGGCGGGAGCUGGAGGCCUCAGGCCAGGUGGGCGGCUGCACAGCCCUGGUGGCUGUGUCCCUGCAGGGAAAGCUGUACGUGGCCAAUGCCGGGGAUAGCAGGGCCAUCUUGGUGCGGAGAGAUGAGGUACGGCCCCUUAGCUCUGAGUUCACUCCAGAGACUGAGCGGCAGCGGAUCCAGCAGCUGGCCUUUGUCUACCCUGAGCUUCUGGCUGGUGAGUUCACCCGACUGGAGUUCCCUCGGCGGCUGAAGGGGGAUGACUUGGGGCAGAAGGUUUUGUUCAGGGAUCACCACAUGACCGGCUGGAGCUACAAGUGCGUGGAGAAGUCAGAUCUCAAGUACCCGCUGAUCCAUGGACAGGGUAGGCAGGCUCGGUUACUGGGAACACUGGCCGUCUCCCGGGGCCUGGGAGACCAUCAGCUCAGAGUCCUGGACACAGACAUUCAGCUCAAGCCCUUCUUGCUCUCUGUCCCACAGGUGACUGUGCUGGAUGUGGACCAGCUGGAGCUGCAGGAGGAGGAUGUGGUUGUCAUGGCAACUGAUGGGCUCUGGGAUGUCCUGUCCAAUGAGCAGGUGGCACGGCUGGUACGGAGCUUCCUCCCUGGCAACCGAGAGGACCCACACAGCCACCGAAGUGCAUCUGCAGGAUGGUCCCCACAGGUUCUCAGAGCUGGCCCAAAUGCUGAUACACAGCACACAGGGGAAGGACGACAGUCUCACAGGGGAAAGGCAGGUGUCCUACGAUGACGUCUCUGUGUUCGUGAUUCCCUUGCACAGCCAAGGCCAAGGGAGCAGUGGCCACUGAGGAUUCAGACACCGCAUCCCAGAACCACUCUGGGGCAGUCUGGGCAUCCUUCCACCAUGGUCAACAGCAGGCUUGCCUGCCCUGCCCCCAGACACAGCCCAGGGCUCUCACCCCCAACCCCAACCUAUUUCAAGGGGAGCAUUUAUACCAGGCAGUCAGAGAUCCCAGCUCUCCAGGUCUCUGCAUUGGCAGGCAGGGAAAGAGCACUAAUGUCAAUGAUAACAUCCUUCUGGCAGAGGCCCUUUACAACUUAGGAAACCCAAGCGAGGCUCCUCAGACAGGAUCCUUAACAGCCCAAUUAUAGUAUUGGCAGAUGGGGAGAGCUGGACCAAGGGCAUUGGCCAAGGAUGCCAGGAAGGGCAGACAGCCUGUGUUUGGGUCCAGGUCUCCAGUCCAUGAAUGUCAGGGUAUCACUCAACAACCCCCAAAGCAUAUGCAAGGUGCCUUAUGGGAAGCUGUGGGCAGCCCCUGGGGAGAG